AUUGACAGUCCAAUUCAAUGGCUUGAUUUUCCUGGUUUUUUUCUGUUUCUUUGAAUGAUAGUAGGAAGGUGUCCGCUAAUGGUUGGUUGCGAAUUUGAAGCAGGUGGGUGGUCCUGACCCAACCAAAACCCUAGAAUUUAGGCCACCCAUAACCAUGAGAAUUUAAAAUCACUUGUUUCCUCAUCUCUUUCUCUCUCUACAGUGAGUUAUAGAGGAAAAGCGAGAGCAGAAGAGAGAGAGAGAGAUUUGGUGGAUUGCGGUGAAGGGUUGAUGGACUGAGUGGACCCACUUCAUGUCCAUCUCCUCCUCCAUCUCCAGUCAUUAUAUCUCUCUCUGCAGAAUUUGGUGGCAGUCUCUCUCUUAGUUUAAUUGGAACUUGCACUCAAUCUGUGCUCUCUCUAGGCUAUCUCUCCUGGGUUUUUUUUCUUGGUUCCUUCUCCAAAUUUUUGGUGGGUUUCUCUUUGUUUGGGGGGAUGGGUGGAAUAGUGUUUAGAAAAAUUCAUUUGUGGGUUCUGGUCUGGAAUUUUUUGUUGGGUUCUCUCUCUCCGUUGAUUUAAAAUCUCUUUGGUGGGUCUUUCUUUAUGGGACCGAAUUCCCUGAAGAUUUGCUGGUAUAAGAUUGUGGGGCAUGGAGAAUAAAGAAAUGGGGUUCUGGUUCAUGUGUCAGUAACCGAACCCAUAUAUUGAAACCCCCAUAUUUGAAACUUUUUCCAGACUGUAACCCAUCAUCCAUUCUCUCUCUGUAUCCUCUAAGAUUCUCCCUCUUUCUGUCUCUCUCUGUAUGUCUCCUCCCCUCUUUGUGGAGGGGCCUCACUAAGACACAUUUUGGGGUUUAGGGUUUUGGAUCCCUUUGUGGGUUUGGCAGCCACGAUUCUUGAGGCUAAGAUUUGACAGUUGUUGCACCUCUUUGUUCUAUAUAUGGCCGGCAUUGGAAAGAGAAGUCAGUGACUGAAACUGAUUGAAUGUUCAAUUCACUGGCAUUCAUUGCAUUUGGCCCGAAUUUAGACCCCUAUUUAUUGGACUUUUAAUCUCCACCAGAGAUCUCAUUGGUGAAAAUCAGAUAGUACCACUUUUUGCGUCUCUCUCAAGAAACAGAGUGUAGUAAUUGAGAUAUCACUUUAGAUGACUGUUUCUCACUCUAGAGCCUGAGCAGAGAGUUUCAAAGGUGUGCAAAGAUAAGGUUUUUCCCAAUAGACUUUAGCAAAUUUUUGUGGUGUUUGGUUUUCUCUUUCUCUAGUGGCUGCGUGAAGCAUUGGGUCUCUGUAAAUUAGUCUCAAAGAUUUUUUUUUCUCUCUCUAGACGCUGGACUACAUACUGGGUGCCUGUAAAUCAUUGUCCAGAUAUUUGUUUAUUUGAUCUGGAGAGAGAGUGGGGAAGCAUAAGUUUGAUUCACUGGAGGAACUACCACAUUUUUCUAAUCUUUCAAGAGAUAGAAAAUUGGAACUUUUUUACUACUAGAGAGAGAAGGAAGAAAAAGGAAUUGGGUGUCUAAGAUUGCCUUCUCUUUUGAGGCCCACUACUGGUUCUUAGUGGGCUAUGACGAAUUAGCAUAGGUGCUUUCACAGAGGGGCCUCCUCUGCAAAUAUCCACAAGGUAUCUUCUCUCUGUAGAUCUGCUACUUUUUCCGAAUCCCCAUUUUUUGUUUAUCAUAAUCUCUAUUGCGCACCCCAAAUAACCAUCUUAAUCUGAGCUCUGCAAUCUUUAAUUGGGCACAAAAAAGCUCUCCCCUUUAUGUCAACAUAUAUAUUGGAAGCACCUUGAGGAAUCUCCUUAUCUGAUGCUUUUGUUCUUGCUAUCUUGCCUCUCUUUCCUCCUGCUAUCAAAAUCUCUGUCUCUGAAAUCUCUGAAACAAUGGCUCUCCAUUUCUAAUUCAAGGAUUGGGUUCUUUCAAAAAUCUUUCAAUUUAAUUAUAAAUUGGCCAAAAAGCCAAAUUGGGUUCAGAGCGAUUCAAUCUACAAUGUCUCUUAGGAGAAAGAGCACUCCCAAAGUGCAGCAUGUGGAUGAAACGGAUGAGUUAUCAGUCUUAGAUCUCCCUGAAUUAGUCCUUGAAGGUAUAUUGGGUAGGCUUCCACCCGAAGGACUCUGUAACAUGGCCGCCAUCUGUAGUUCUAUGAGGGAGAGGUGUAGGAGUAACCAUCUUUGGGAGAGACAUAUGAAGGAAAAAUGGGCUAGAGUAAUUGGGCCUGCUGCUUUGAAGGAAUGGCAAUCGUUUGUUUCACUUAGAAAGGAUCUGGGUGUUUCAGAUCAGGGGAAAUCGAAGGGGUGGAUUGGUUCUCUCGCUUGUAUUUGGCCUGUUUCAUGGCUUAAAUCAAAGCUUGUGAGCGGAGGGAAGCCGAAGAGUACUCUUCCUUCUGAUUCAAUCAUGGCAUGGUAUCUAUCUCUAGAGAACGGCAGGUUCUGGUUCCCUGCUCAGGUGUAUAACCGUGAGCAUGGGCAUGUGGGGUUUAUGCUUUCCUGUUAUGAUGCUGAGCUGAGUUAUGAUUCUCACACUGACACCUUCCACGCAAGGUACCCACCUCAUGGGCGACGCACAAUUGUGAUUGAGGAAGGUGUGCAGUGGGACAGGCUGAGAGCACCACCUGUUGAUACUCCACCUCAUGAUCUCCAUGUCUCGGAUUGCUUAAAUGAUUUACGUCCUGGUAAUCAUAUUGAGAUUCAGUGGAGGAGGAACAAAGAGUUUCCAUAUGGUUGGUGGUAUGGAGUUGUGGGGCAUUUAGACUCAUGUGACAGGAACAAGUACAAUUGUCGUUGCCUCACUAAUGAUACUGUGAUACUGGAAUUUAACCAGUACACACCUGGUUCAAGGUGGAGGCGGACCGUCAUAAAUAGGAAGGAUCAUCGGGAAGAAGGGAAUGAAACCGAUGGUUUUUAUGGUGGAAUUAGAAAACUUCAUAGCAAGGAGGAAAUCUCCAUGUGGAUGAGGCUUUGGCCAAGUGAAAUCUUAGAUUAGUUGGAUCUCAGUUAUCCCAUACUCUGUAUGAUCAGACAUUGGAGCUCAUUGUUAGCUUCUUUACUCAUGAGCUUUACCUAUUUGAAAUGGCUUCAAUUGCGAAAUGGAAAUCUUGGGUAAGUUUGAUCUCAACGUUCUCAUACUUUGUAUAGUUAGACUAUGGAGCUCACUGUUACCUUAUAACUCAUGAGCUGCCUAUUUGAAGGAGCAUCAAUGGCAUGAAUCAUGGAAUUUUAAUAGAAAGAGGCCCCUAUCGGAAGUAUGAAGUACAUGUUUUUUGGAUUUAGAAUUAUUUUUUUCAUUUUAUCCGAGGGUUGAAGAAUUGGGAGUUCGAACCUUGCAUAUUGACCAAGCAAAGGUGCUGAACCCUGGUGUUUAGGCCCAAUUAAAUGUCACAUUACAUAGAUGGAAUAAUAUGAUCAUAACAUGUGUUCAA